CAUACUUCCGUGUGUGCGCUCUCACGAUGGCCCGCUUCCUGCAGAGAGAAGCCGGAGAGUCCUCAGUGCCCGCGGAGCUAGGUGUCCGAGGCGGAACGUGCUUGCACGCUCUUCGGCAUCCGCGGGUGAGCACUGCGCACGCAUCAUUGCGCCAGAGACACCGUGGGGACCGCCGCAGUGAACCCGGAACUGGGAGAGGUUCCUCAAGAUGGCAGCUUCAGUCCCACAGGGCCAUAACCGGACCCGGCCGAUGAAGAGGGAUGAUGAGGAAGAAGACCCACUGGACCAGCUGAUCACCCGCUCUGGCUGUGCCGCCUCCCACUUUGCAGUGCAGGAGUGCAUGGCCCAGCACCAGGACUGGCGUCAGUGCCAGCCACAAGUGCAGGCAUUCAGGGAUUGCAUGAGUGCACAGCAGGCGAGGCGGCGGGAGGAACUGCAGAGGAGGAAAGAGCAAGCCGACGCCCAUCACUGAGACCCUAAACCACCACCCCACAGGCUGUCCCUGAAGAAAUAAGCACCCACAGAGACCCUGGGAAGAGGCAACCCUAAGUAGUAGAUGUGUACAACAAGAGGUAUAAAAUUUGGGGACAGUCUUUGGACUAGGGGUGAAAGCCAGACCCCAGGCAUUUGCACAUGAGCUGUUUUACACUAUGGUCAGAUCACACGUAUCUUCAUCUUUCCCAUUCCACCAAUAUUUGUAUUUAAAACAAAUGGGAUAUAGGCCACCUCCUCUGUCCCACCUCUUGAGUCAGUGUGCCAAGUACUUUCUAAGUAAAUUCACAACCUAAAGGUAAA